AUGCCAUUCAAAACUUAUUUAAUAAAUAAAACAAACAAUCGAAAAUUUCGACUUGAUGGUGUUUUACGAUCGAGACGUUUGCCAGCUAAACAUAAAUUAUGUCAAAAAUUUCGUCAAUAUAUGGUCUUAAGAACUGAUCAACUUCCACCAAAAGUUGAUCUUCGACCAGAUAUGACACCUAUUGAAGAUCAAUCACAAAUUGGAAGCUGUACUGCUAACUGUCUUGCUGGAGCUUAUGAAUAUUUAACAAAGAAAUCAAAUGGUAUGAAUAUAGAUGUUAGUCGUUUGUUUAUUUAUUAUAAUGCACGAAUUAAAGGAAAUUAUUCAGAAUCAAUAGAAGAUUCUGGUUGUUCAAUGACAGAUGCUAUUGAAGCAUUAGAAGAAUUAGGUACAUGUCUUGAAUCAAUUUGGCCAUAUGAUAUAUCAAAUGUAAAUACACGUCCUAGUGAUCAAGCAUUUCAAAAAGCAAAAAAUCAUACAAUAAAUGAAGCACUACAAAUUGAUAUUGACUUAAAUGAAAUGAAAUCAUGUCUUGCACAAGGUUUUCCAUUUGGAUUUGGUAUUCAAUUAUUUAGUUCAUUUGAUAAUGCAAGUAAAACAGGAGUUGUACCAAUGCCAGAUCCAUCAGAUAGUAGUCGAGAAGCACAUGGAAGUCAUGCAAUGUUGGCUGUUGGUUAUAGUGAUCAAUCAAAAGCAUUUAUUGUUCGAAAUUCAUGGGGAGAAGAUUGGGGUGAUAAAGGAUAUUGUUAUAUUCCAUAUGAGUAUAUGACUAAUCCAGAUUUUUGUUUCGAUGCAUGGACGAUUCGAAAAUUGAUGAAUGAUGAUUUUGGUCAAGAAAAUUGGUGUUUUGAUGAUUCUUAUAAUUAUUGUGAUGAUAAUCAUAAUAAUUAUUCUGAUGAUACGAAUGAUAGUGAUCAUGUUAUUGAAAAAUUAGAUGAAAAUAAUGAUACUGAAGGCUAUAAUAGCAAUCAAGAUCUUUGGUGGAAUGGUAAUAAUCAUGGAGAUGAUAAUUAUGAUUUUUCCUAUCAAUAUCAAACUGAUGAAACGAAUGAUUAUUUAAUAAAUGAUACAAAUUAUUAUGAUGAUAGAAGUCAAAAUAAUCAAGAUAGUUAUGUAAACGAGGAUUGGAAUUCAGAUACAAAUUAUUCAUAUCCACAAAACAAUCAAUAUCGUAGUGAAAGAAAUUAUUAUGACGAUUUUUCCGAUUUUAAUUAG